AUGUCACCUCUUCACCUCUUUCACCUCUUUCACACAUUUCACCUCUUCACCCACCCUCGCUGUAUUCCUCUAUAUAUCCGAAACUUCACGUCAGAAUUCCACUGCGCAGCACCCCAGCCCGAGCCAAUGAAAAAUCAACCAUCGCAAUCAUGUGAAAUAUCCGAGGAACUGGUUGCAUGCCUUCCUCCUACAGAACGAUGGAAAAUUCUCAUACAUACUGCGUACAGCGCUGUGUGCAACCUUAGCACUUUCUUGACGAUUCUGUCUGACUCCCAAUACACCCCAAUUUACCCCAAAUUAAGGUUUGCCCGACUCUAUGUUGCUCCCCAAUUUCCUUUUUCUUUUUUUUUUUUUUUUUUCACUUAG